AUGUCUUCAAAGAAGGUAGGAAGUGGAAAGGACAGCAGCAAGAAGAAAAGGAUGCUGUCAGUCAAGUUAAGGCAGGAAAUUAUAGAAAAGCAUGAGAGAGGUGUGUGUGUGAUGGAACUCGCCAAAAUUUACGACUGCAGUACGUCCACGAUAUGCACAAUACUAAAGCAAAAGGAGACCAUAAAGAGUGUAAAAGUAGCAAAAGGAAUGACCGUAAUUACACAGCAAAGGUCGGCUAUCCACGAAGAAAUGGAAAACCUGCUGUUAUUGUGGAUAAAAGAGAAAGAGUUGGCAGGAGAUACGCUUACUGAAACAGUCAUAAGCGAGAAAGCUCGCAUAUUUUACAAUGACCUGAAGCAGAAAGAACCAUCCACAUCUACGGAUGUAGUAGAACCAGAAUUCAAGUCUAGUCAUGGAUGGUUCGAAAGAUUUAAGAAGCGAUCAGGCAUUCACUCUGUCGUAAGACAUGGCAAGGCAGCAAGUGCAGACCAGAAGGCAGCUGGCGACUUCAUCACGCGUUUCACGCAGCUCAUCGAGGCAGAAUGUUACAUCCCCCAGCAAGUUUUUAAUUGCAACGAGACGGGGCUUUUUUGGAAGAAAAUGCCCCGUAGGACGUACAUCACAGCAGAGGAGACGAAGAUGCCAGGACAUAAGCCGAUGAAGGACCGCCUCACCCUUGCAUUGUGUGCAAAUGCUUGCGGUGACUUUAAAGUGAAACCACUGCUAGUCUAUCAUUCAGAGAAUCCUCGAGCCUUUAAAACUCACAGGAUUCUUAAAGAAAAACUGCACGUGAUGUGGCGUGCCAAUCCAAAGGCAUGGGUUACGCGGCAGUUCUUCAUCGACUGGGUAAAUCUCUGCUUUGGACCUACAGUGAAGAAGUAUCUUCAAGAAAACAAACUGCCUCUGCAAGCAUUACUCGUCCUCGACAAUGCUCCAGCCCACCCGCCCGGUCUCCAAGACAACAUCCGGGAAGAAUAUCAAUUCAUAAAAGUCCUCUACCUCCCACCCAACACGACUUCAAUCCUGCAACCGAUGGAUCAGCAGGUCAUUUCCAAUUUCAAAAAGCUCUACACGAAGCAUCUGUUCAAACGAUGCUUCGAUGUGACAGAAAAUACGGAGCUAACACUCCGAGAGUUCUGGAAAGAACAUUUCAAAAUCGUGCAAUGCCUACGCAUGAUUGACCUGGCGUGGAAAGAAGUGACCAGAAGAACACUGAAUUCUGCAUGGAAGAAGUUAUGGCCUGAUGCGGUUGCAGCGAGGGACUUUGAAGGAUUUGAUCUUGAUACCGAGAUCGAGACCAACGUGCCCGACAUAGAUCCAGUGCAUGAAAUCGUGUCAAUCGGCAAGUCGAUGGGUCUGCAGGUUGACGAGGGUAAUAUCAACGAGCUUGUCAAGGAACAUGAGGAGGAACUCUCAACACAGGAGUUGCUUGAGCUGCAGGACAUGCAACGUACGGAGGCUCUGCAAGAGAUCAGCGGUAGUGAGGAGGAGGUCGAGACAGAGGAAAUUUCGACAAGUGAAAUUAAAGAAGUGCUGGGAAUGUGGGAGAAGGUUACAAGUUUCACUGAAAGGAAACAUCCAGAAAAAGUGGCAACUAGUCGUUCUGCAGCAAAUUAUGAUGACACCUGCUUGGCUCACUUCCGUAAGCUUUUAAAAAGCAGGCAAAAGCAAACGUCGUUGCAUAGGUAUCUUUAUACUAAAACUGAAACUGCUAUAAGUGAAAGUGCCGAAAGUGCAGCCAAAAAGGCAAAAACAGAUGAUUAG